AUGAAACUCUUACUCCCGUUGUUAUUUCUUGGUACAAUUUCAAAUUUGGUUUUUUCCACAACAUCAAACUUCAAUGCCCAAUAUUCAAGUGAACUGAUUAAAAGCCCCAAUUUUGACACAAGGCUUAUAAAUAAUGAAGAAAUAAUCUCAGGUACAACUUAUUCAACCGUCAUACCGUCUGAUAUUGUUUCAACUGAAGAGGAUGAAGAAGAGUCUCUUGAUGAUGAUGAUAAUUUCUUAAAAGUCAAAGGUUUAGGUCGUUUACUCAAAAGAGGAUUCCGUUCUAGCUUUAGCUCAAGUCGUUCAGGUUCAAGUAGCUCAAGCCAUGGCUCAUCAGGCUCUCGUGGUGGCUCUUCAGGUUCUCGUGGUUCCUCAGGUUCAGGCUCCUCAGGUUCUCGUGGUUCUUCAGGUUCAGGUUCUCGUGGUGGUGGAUAUCAUCCUGCACUUGCCGGUGCAGCUGGUGGUGGUAUCAUCUAUUAUUAUUUAUGGCAUCAUGAUAGAUAUGGUCAUUCUUCAAUCGUUAGCACUCAAACUAGUUAUGUUUCUGAAAAUGUUACAAUCACUUCUGCAAUCUCUGCAAAUGGUGGAGCUACUUCAUUUAAAGGUAUAAGUGUCAUUUAUCUUGAUGGAUCCUUCAACUAUUGGACCAAAUUGAUGCCAUCCUUCAUCGUUUGUCUUGCCACUGUCUUAAUAUCUUGUAUGUGA